AUGGCCGCUAUCCGACCCAACACCAUCAUGUCAGCAUAUUUUUCUCGCUUGACUUUUUUUUUUUUAAGCCGUUUUGAUAAUCAACCGGUCAGGGGAGAUAUUAACUGCAGCCAAUUAGAGUGCAACCGGAACUGCUUCACCACGAUACGAUAUCAAGUGUCUCGUGCCAAUGUCCGGCAUUGCAGCUGGCCGGACAAAACUGAUAUGCCACAUGCGCUAAAUAGUAUCGGUCCAGACCGUCAGUUGUCAUGCGACGCGGUCGUACCGUGUUCCACCUUCCCCGCUAUCAGCCUGUCAUUUACAGCCACUUCCGACGGCCACUUCCGGCAGGCACUGAGCGAAACUACAUCACGGCGUCCUGCAACGUCACGCACGCGUUCAUUCUUUCCUCAGCAGGGGUCGGAUGGAGGUGAGGCAGUCUCUUCUCUGCCCCUAAGACAGACCAUUUCAAGCCAAUCAGUAAGCAAUUUAUCUCUCUUUCGUCUACUCUCUCCCCCCUCUCUCUCUCUCCCCUCUCUCUCCCCUCUACUCUCUCUUUCCUCUCCUCUCUCUCUCCUCUCUUCUCUCGCGCUUCUCUACUCUCUCUCUCUCCUCUCCUCUCUCGCACUUCUCCCCUCUCUCUUCUUUAGUCCCUCCUCUACUCUCUCACUUUCCUUUAAUCUCUCUCUCCUCUCUCUCUCUCUGUCCUCUUCUCUCUCUUCUCUACUCUCUCUUCUCUCUCUCCUCUACCCUCUCUCUCCUCUAGUUCCUCCUCUACUCUCUCUACACUCUUCUCUCGCUCUCUUCUACUCUUUCUCUCUCUCUCUGUCUCUCUCUCUCUCUCUCUUCUCUCUGGAAAUCUUCAUCUUUAGGUGCCGUAUUGAUUACUCCUUUUCUGUUUCCUUUCUUGCUCUAUUACCUUCUCUUAUCUUUACCUCUAUUCUUUCUUCAUUUCCUUUUUUCCUAUGUUCUUUCCUGCUUUCUUUCUUUCCUUCCCUUUUCGACUUUCCUCUCUUCUUGCCCGUUUUCUUUCCUUCUUUUUUUUUCGUUAUUCUUUCUUGUUUUCUUGUUUUCUUUCUUCCUCUCUUGUUUUCGGUUUUCUUUCUUUCCUUUUUUUCCCGUUAUUCUUUCUCGUUUUCUUUCCUUCCCUUUUCUUUCUUUCUCUCUACUUUCCGAUUUUCUCUUCUCUGCUAUUCUUUCUUUCUUUCUUUCCUUCUUUUUUCUUUCUUCCUCUCUUUUUGCGACUUUUUUUUUUCCGCUAUUCUUUUUUUUUCUUUUUUUUUUUCUUUUCUUCUCUUCUUUUCUUUCUUUCUUUUUUUUCUUUCUUUUUUUUUCUUUCUUUCCUUCUUUCUUUUCUUUCUUUCUUUUUCUUUCUUUCUUUCUUUCUUUCUUUCUUUCUUUCUUUCUUUCUCUCUUUUUUCACGUUUUCUUUCCUUUCAGCAGAUUUUUCUCCACCUUUUUCUUUCAAAAACUGCCCCACCACCCUUCAACUGCCACUUCGUUGCCUGUCCAAUCUCUCCACGUGCCGAGGAUUCAAGGCAUUCCUCUUCCGUUCACCCAACCAUUUCCCGCCCUUUUUUCCGUUCAGCCAUCCAUAUGCGAUCUUGA